UUCAUUGCUGCCUUGCGGCUUAUCGAGCUUAAAGCGGAAGCAUCGGAAAUUCACUGUGGUAACAAUGAGCGGUCGGCUGCAGCGUAAAGAGUCGGUUACAGCCGGUACGUAUUGGCAGGACCCGCUGGCCACGGUUGUGAGUAGUCGCGGCGGGACAACUAGAGCAGUAACUCCCCCUGGUGGUGUACCCCGGCCUCGCACUCGCCCCCUUGCUGUUGUGUACGUACAGAGUGAAGGGGCUGUGGGGCUCGCGCAGUCAGAGGAAACCCUGUCCUUACACUGUGUACGGGAAGCAUGCGAGGACAGUCGUGCAGUACUUAAUAUCGUUCCCUUUGGCAGUCUGGCUCUAGGCGAGACACAUAGCCUUGGAUGUUUCUACAAUGCAGAUGUGGUGGUAGUAGAGAUGAGUGACCCCUUUUGCCAGCCAUCGUUGUUUUAUCAUCUGGGAGUUCGAGAAAGUUUCAGCAUGAACAACAACAUCAUUCUGUACUGCCCCAAAAAUCUCGGUGACAUGCAGGUCCUGAAGGAUGAAAUCUGCCAGAAGAAUAUGGACUGCUGUGGCAGUUAUACAUUCAUUCCAUAUACAGUGACACCUCAGGGAAAAGUCUUCUGCUGUGAUGCUGGUGUAGUAAAGUGUUUGUCAGAGCUGUGGCAGUCUAACUUGUAUAUGGAGCCUUUCUUCACUCCUCUAGUAGACCGGCUGACCAAGUUGCUAGAGAGUACACACACCAACUCCUGUGAAUACUUUCAUGAAACUAUUAGAUCCGACAUUCGGAAAGCCCGAGAGAUGUACAAUGGGAAUGAGCUGAGCCAAGAACUGAAACGGAUACAGCAGCGUCUGGAAAGUGUUGAGCUCUUGACUAUUGACAUAGUGAUGAACCUUUUACUUUCAUAUCGAGAUGUACAGGAUUACAGUGCCAUAAUAGACUUAGUGGAAAUGUUGCAAGUCCUUCCAACAUGUGAUGUGGCAGAACAGAACAUCAUCAAGUUUCACUACACAUUUGCACUGAACAGGAGGAAUCUUCCAGGUGACAGAGAGAAGGCCCUGUCUGUGAUUCUGCCUGUGAUAGAGGCAAGUGAUAGAGUUGCUUCUGAUCUCUAUUGCAUCUGCGGGCGCAUUUACAAAGACAUGUUCCUCAGCUCUGGAUUUACAGAUUUAGAGAAGAGAGACAGCGCCACUAAAUGGUAUAGGAAGGCCUUUGAUAGUGAACCAGCUCUCCAUUCCGGGAUUAAUUUAGCUGUUCUGCUUAUUGCUGCUGGACAUCAAUUUGAAACUUCCAUGGACUUGCGUAAAAUAGGUGUCAAACUUAGCAGCCUGCUUGGAAGAAAGGGGUGUCUGGAGAAGAUGCAGUACUACUGGGAUGUGGGCUUUUAUCUAGGGACCAGCAUUCUUGCAUACGACGUGAACAAGGCUAUUACAGCAUCUGAGAAGCUUUACCAGCUGAAUGCUCCCAUGUGGUACUUAUGCUCUGUCAUGGAAACUUUUGUAUUGUAUAAGCGCUUUGUGAAGCCUGUGGAGGAGAAAUCGCCAAAACAGGAGUUGUUCACCUUCUGGAUGGAGUUCUUGUUAGCUGGCUGUCAAACAGUUCCCUUUAGCACGCAGUGUCUGGUCCUGAUUUUAGAGCCUACGCAACUCUUUCAACCAGCCCGCAUUAGCUUUGUUGAAAUGGAAGAUACAAAGUCUGUAGAGCUCUCUCACAUUGCACCUAUGAAUAAGAAAGGAAUCCAGAGUUGGACUUUAGGGGCUUCUUCUAUUCGAGGCAUUAGCAUUUCAAAAUAUGAUGAAAGAUGCUGUUUUCUAUAUGUAUUGCAAAACUCUGAAGAUUUCCAGCUGUAUUUCCCCAUGGGACAACAUUGUCAACGGUUCUGUGAGCUGAUUCACUCUUUUAUUGAAGAAAGUGGACUGAAUGGAGAAGAAAUGAAUGACCAUAGUGCCUCAGCUGAUCUAGAGUUCACAUAUGAGCUUAACGAGAGUGGAGAUAGGGUCGUCUUGGGAAAGGGGACAUAUGGAGUAGUAUAUGCAGGACGAAACUCCAGCACCCAGGUCAGAAUUGCAAUCAAGGAGAUUCCAGAGCGGGAUAACAGGUACUCCCAGCCUCUCCAUGAAGAAAUUGCCCUGCACAAACGGCUCAAACACAAAAAUAUUGUCCAGUAUCUGGGUUCAAUUAGCCAGGAUGGCUUCAUUAAGAUAUUUAUGGAAGAGGUGCCAGGAGGAAGUCUGUCCUCUCUACUGCGAUCUAAGUGGGGCCCUCUCAAGGACAAUGAAGCUACCAUCAUUUUCUAUACCAAGCAGAUCCUGGAGGGGCUGAAAUACCUUCAUGACAACCAAAUCGUCCACAGGGAUAUAAAGGGAGACAAUGUGCUGAUCAACACUUACAGUGGAGUGCUGAAAAUCUCAGACUUUGGGACGUCCAAGCGGCUGGCAGGCAUCAAUCCUUGCACUGAAACUUUUACAGGAACCCUUCAGUACAUGGCUCCUGAAAUCAUUGAUAAAGGCCUUCGAGGUUAUGGUAAGCCAGCUGAUAUAUGGUCUUUGGGAUGUACUAUUAUUGAAAUGGCCACAGGAAAGCCUCCCUUUUAUGAGCUGGAUAAUCCACAGGCAGCCAUGUUCAAGGUGGGAAUGUUUAAGAUUCACCCAGAAAUUCCUGAAUCCAUGUCUCCUGAGGCCAAAGCCUUCAUUCUUCGAUGUUUUGAACCAGAUCCAUAUAAAAGAGCCGCUGCUGCUGAGCUUCUACAGGACCCCUUCUUGAAAGGCACCAACAAGAAGAAGGCAAAGGGUCAUUUACCACAGAAGAACACCUUGGUGCAGUCUUGUGCAAAUGACUACAGCAGAAGCUUGUCUGUCCCCAUUUCUAUUCAGGUAGAAGACACGAGUACAGGCAAAACAGCUUCAUUGAACAUGGAGGACAGCUUGCCUCUCUUCCACCGGAGUGACACAAGUCCCCAGUUGGCACUGAGCAAUGGAAUUCAGCAACAGCUGCUCCUGGAUGUUCCAGCAACAGACUCAGGGUAUGAUGUAAGUGCCCCUUCUUCUCCAGAAGAAAAUGUUGGCAUGUUCAUGCUGAAGAAGGACAGUGAGCGGAGGGCCAUGCUGCACAAGAUGCUGUCUGAUGGCUGUGAUACCAUCACAGCUAACCUCAUGGAAGCCCAAGCUCAGAGCACUGAGGAAAUACAUCUGACAGAAGAGCAUAUUAAAGAGGUUGUCUCAUGUCUUAAAGAUUUUAUUCGUUUCCCAGACAGAAGACCACUCACUGUUGCCCUCAGAAGGCUUCGAUUGAAGCUGUUCUCUGAUGCAGUCCCUCUUAGCUAUGUCCAGUGCAUACUCUUCAGUUUUCAAAAUGCUGUUAAUGAUAUUUUCCGACAACAGCAGAUAAAACCCCACUGGAUCUUUGCGUUGGAUAAUAUAAUCCGUCAGGCAGUUCAGGCAGCUAUAACCAUUUUUAUACCAGAACUAAAACUGCAUUCGGAGUCCUCAUUUGAAAAGGACAUAGAUGACCGAAGACUUGUAGAGGAAGAGGAUGAAGAAAGUAAAGAUGUUCGUGCAAACCAGUUACCACUGAACAGGGGCCAUUCGGAAUGCUCAGAUCAUUAUAGUGGUGCUCCAAAUGCUUGUGGAGAUGUGGUCAGGCAGCAUCCUGCAUUAAACUGUAUUCCUGAUUCCUCUCACUUGUUAAAAGAGCUAACUGAACUAAAAUCGCAGACCUGCAGGUUGCUGGAGGAGUUGGCUGAAAAGGAAAGGGAGUUGCAGACCGUGAUGCACGAGAUUAUCGAACAGGAUGGGCCUACCCUGCAGAGAUUACAUAGCAAGUCAGAACCUAUUGAUAUCCCUUUGUCAAACAGAAACAAUAGAAAAUCCAGAUGUACUGAUGAAAACAGCAUUAUUGCACAGUGGCUUCGGUCACUUGAUGCAGAUGAGGACACUAUAGACAAGUUGUUAGCACAUGACUUCACAUUGGACGACCUCCUCAGCUGUGUGACUCGAGAUGAUCUACAGUACGCUAAUAUCAGGGGUGGAAUGAUUUGUAGAAUUUGGGCAGCAAUAACCCAGCACAGAGUGCACCAGAGAGUACAGACGUGACAAGAUAUCUCUGUUAUCUGGACUAUAGAGUUAAUACCUGGUCAGUCUUAGGGUGAAUUGCCAAAAGGAAUUUAUGAAAGACUUUGCAGGUCAAAAAAGAUUCUCACAGAAGUGUAAGGGACAGCUUCAGCCAGUUCUUAAUGUGAGUUGAAAAAAACUCUUUGUAUUGCCGUGGCACAAUGUAUCGAUGUAUUAUCUCCAGAUGGCGUGUUUGUUCGUUCUGACUUGGCCAUCUUUGUAAAGGUUAAGUGACAAAACAUGGAAAUUUAUAAUGCUGCUGCUAGAAAGACUUAACUGUUAAAUAGUGAAGUCAGUGAAGGCAGACUCUUGAGAAUUCCUCUACCCAAUUCCUUGAUGCCUCUAAUUUAAUUACCAUUAAGUGUUUUAUGUUCUGAGUCUUGAACCUUGCACUUAAACAGAAGAGAAAAUCUGGACCAAAGCACACUAACCAGUUCUUUAGACUUUUGUCUGUUUAAAUGGAUUUUAUCAGUGCAUCCAUUUACAGUUUGGAUCUGUAUAGGUCUGUCUCAGGUGAGCUGCUUGUACAUUAUGUCAUAAUGACCUGAAGUUCGGUCUUGUCUGGAACAUACCACUCAUCAAAAGCAAUGGCAGCACAGCAGUUAUGUUAACAGUAGCAAGGGAUAGAAAUUCAAGGCCUAAUUAUAGCUCUUUUUUGUCUUAAACUGAAGAAUUUAUGACUUUUUAUAUUGGUUCCCAGUUCCCCAUUAAUUUCCUUGUCUUCAUGUCUCCGAAGAAAAGAUAAACUGUCCACAUGUAAUACCUGAGUGUGCACUCUGGUUAUGAGUAUUAUAACAGAAUUAUGUAUCUGUGGGAUUGUCAAUGCAUCAUUAUUUGUUAUUCUUGUCAAUUUAACCUAACUCAUUACCUCCAGAUCAGCAGGUGAAAACAAAAAAAUAAGGUUUCCCCUUAAUGAAUGUCCCCCAUGGAAACAGCCUCAUAAACACUAGAAUGUACAUAGUAGUGAAGUUUUACAUUAUCGAUCUACCAUCAAAAUUUUAAAAUUAACCCUUUAUAACCUUAAUUAAAGGAAGUGCAAAACCAGGGUAAAACAGAGAAAUUUAAAGGACUUUUACAUUUAUUACAAAGCUUAAAAGUGAUUUUAGAUAUAUUACUUGGCACUGAGGAGGCAGUCAUAUGCGAUGUGUUGUGACCAAACAGAAAAAUAAAGCAAGUUAUAUGAUUGUUUAGAACCCUGUGUAUCUGUUGUGUGUGUGUAU